UGGUGGGGGCGGAGUUCGCGGAGCCCCAAUGAAUGGGGGGGAGCCGGAAGCAGGAAGUGAGUUUGCGAUCGGAGCAGCUGCUGCAGGGCCCAUGGCGGACACCCAGUACAUCCUCCCCAAUGACAUCGGCGUGUCUAGCCUGGACUGCCGCGAGGCCUUCCGCUUGCUGUUACCCACAGAGCGCCUCUAUGCCCACCACCUGUCACGGGCUGCCUGGUAUGGAGGCCUGGCCGUGCUGCUGCAGACCUCCCCUGAGGCCCCCUACAUCUAUGCCUUGCUCAGCCGCCUCUUCCGUGCGCAGGACCCCGACCAGCUGCGCCAGCAUGCCCUGGCUGAGGGCCUUACCGAAGAGGAAUAUCAGGCGUUCCUGGUCUACACUGCAGGUGUCUACUCCAACAUGGGCAACUACAAGUCCUUUGGUGACACCAAGUUUGUUCCCAACCUGCCCAAGGAGAAGCUGGAACGUGUGAUCCUGGGUAGUAAGGCCGCGGAGCAGCACCCGGAGGAAGUCGGGGGCCUCUGGCAGACCUGCGGGGAGCUCAUGUUCUCUCUGGAAUCGAGGCUUCGACACCUCGGGCUGGGGAAGGAGGGAAUCACCACCUAUUUCUCUGGGAACUGUACCAUGGAAGAUGCCAAACUAGCCCAAGACUUUCUGGACUCACAGAACCUCAGUGCCUACAACACACGGCUCUUCAAGGAGGUCGGCCAGGAUGGGAAGCCCUGCUACGAGGUGCGGUUGGCUUCUGUGCUGAGCACAGAGCCUAUUCUGGACUCCGAAAUGAAUUCCAAGCUGAAGAGCUAUGAAUUCCAGGGAAGCAAUUUCCGGGUGACCCGGGGAGACUAUGCACCCAUCCUCCAGAAGGUAGUGGAGCACCUGGAGAAAGCCAAGGCCUAUGCAGCCACCAGCCACCAGGAGCAGAUGCUGGCCCAGUACAUAGAAAGCUUCACCCACGGCUCUAUCGAGGCCCACAAGAAGGGCUCUCGCUUCUGGAUCCAGGACAAAGCCCCCAUCGUGGAGAGUUACAUCGGGUUCAUCGAGAGCUACCGAGACCCCUUUGGCUCCCGCGGAGAGUUUGAAGGCUUCGUGGCCAUGGUGAACAAGGCCAUGAGUGCCAAGUUUGAGUGGCUAGUGGCAAGUGCGGAGCAGCUGUUGAAGGAGCUUCCCUGGCCCCCAGCCUUCGAGAAGGACAAGUUCCUCACCCCCGACUUCACCUCCCUGGAUGUUCUCACCUUCGCCGGCUCCGGCAUCCCUGCCGGCAUCAACAUCCCCAACUAUGACGACCUAAGGCAGACGGAAGGCUUUAAGAACGUGUCGCUGGGGAACGUGCUGGCCGUGGCCUAUGCCACACAGCGGGAGAAGCUCACCUUCCUGGAGGAGGAGGACAAGGACCUGUACAUCCGCUGGAAGGGACCCUCCUUUGACGUGCAGGUGGGGCUGCACGAGCUGUUGGGCCACGGCAGCGGCAAGCUCUUCGUGCAGGAUGAGAAAGGAGCAUUCAACUUUGACCAGGAGACAGUGAUCAACCCAGAGACAGGAGAGCAGAUUCAGAGCUGGUACCGGAGCGGGGAGACCUGGGACAGCAAGUUCAGCACUAUUGCCUCCAGCUAUGAAGAGUGCCGGGCAGAGAGCGUGGGCCUCUACCUCUGCCUCAACCCCCAAGUGCUGGAGAUCUUUGGCUUUGAGGGGGCUGAUGCAGAAGAUGUGGUCUACGUGAACUGGCUCAACAUGGUUCGGGCCGGGCUGCUUGCUCUGGAGUUCUACACCCCUGAGGCCUCCAGCUGGAGACAGGCCCACAUGCAGGCCCGGUUUGUGAUCCUGAGGGUCUUGCUGGAGGCCGGCGAGGGACUUGUUACCGUCACUCCCACCACAGGCUCCGAUGGGCGCCCAGAUGCCCAGGUCCACCUUGACCGCAACAAGAUCCGGACCGUGGGCAAGCCCGCCCUGGAGAGGUUCCUGCGGAGACUCCAGGUGCUGAAGUCCACAGGGGACGUGGCUGGAGGCCGGGCCCUGUAUGAGGGGUAUGCGGCGGUCACCGAUGCACCCCCCGAGUGCUUCCUCUCCCUCAGGGACACAGUGCUGCUCCGUAAGGAAGCCCGGAAGCUCAUCGUUCAGCCCAACACUCGCCUCGAAGGCUCAGAAGUACAGCUUCUUGAGUAUGAGGCCUCAGCUGCUGGCCUCAUCCGAUCCUUCUCUGAGCGCUUCCCAGAGGAUGGGCCCGAGUUGGAGGAGAUCCUCACCCAGCUGGCCACAGCUGAUGCCCGGUUCUGGAAGUGCCCCAGUGAAACCCCAUCUGGCCAGGCUUGAGGCAGAUUUGCAUGGCCCUUCCCCCACUCCACUAAACCAAGGCUGCAAGUGGCCCCCUUUUUGUCCGUGUCUUAGGGGCUAGGGGAGGGGCAGGAGCUCGGACCUUGGUGCUACCUCAGCCGAGGGUGGCGACACUAAGCCCUUCCAUUUGACAGCACUUUCCAGCUUACCAAGUGCUUCCCCUGUGUUAUCUCAUCUGAUCUGCACUGCCCUCUGUGGGGUGAGCAAGGCAGGACUCCUUACCCGGCUUCCCAGAUGAGGCAAUGCAGGUUCUGAGAAAGUGACCUGGCAUCCUGCAGGACUCAAAACCUCUCCCAGUCCAGUGCUCUUCAUGUAUUACUUUUAUAACCAGAAAAAUAAAUAUUAGAAACCACCACCAUC